AUAUUCGAGAAUGUUCACACGCUGGGCCCGAGGAAGUCGAUGAUGUGUAUAUUUUGUACACAACUGAACUGACGCCGAAAACAAGUCGUUACUUGAAGCAACGAGUCGUUUAUUUUGUUUUUAAUUUCAGCUGGCAGUCACACGCAGGCGACAGGGAGCGAAGUUACGAGCUGUAAAAGUUUCCUGAGCUGAAUUUCCUCGGCGGUGUCAUGUUGGCGGCUUGCUCCGACCUGACAGCCGCCCCCCGGCUCUCCUAGCCGGGUUUGACCACACAUGGGGGACCGUAUCGCCGGAGAAUGGAGCAUUUAGCCCGGGAUCAUCAUGGCUGCUGUGACGGUGUGGCGUUACACCAGCGGCCGUGUCCUCGGAGGAUGGGGCCCGCUGCUGUGUGUCCUCCUCGGCUCUCUCGUCGCCCUCCUGAUGCCUCUGGUCGGGGUGGAGGAUCAGUGCUGCGCCACCCUCAAGGGCAUCGCUCAGCUCCGCUGCCAGCUGUGGGGAAGCUCCCAGCAGCCUCCAGCUGUGCAGUCCACCAGCCUCACCGUCCCCUUCACCGCCCUUGAUCUACUGCCUCAGAGGUCCAAGCCCAGCAAAGAGAUGGAGCUGGAGGCCAAAGCAGCGCUGCAACAGGCUCUAGAGAUGAAGAAACUGGGGAAGAGGGAGAAGGCUCACAAGCUGCUGGUGCACGCAUUGAGUAUGAACCCUGACUUUGUGGACGCCCUGACGGAGCUGGGGACCAUCCUGGAGGAAGAGAAGGAUGUCGUCCAGGCAGACCACCUCUACACCAAGGCCCUGGCCAUCUCUCCAUGUAACGAGCGGGCUCUGGUCAGCCGAGACCGAACUCUUCCCCUGGUGGAGGAGAUCGACCAGCGUCACUUUGGCAUCAUUGACAGUAAAGUGCGCAGGCUUAUGUCCAUUCCCAAAGGCAACUCCGCACUCCGCCGGGUGAUGGAGGAGACCUACUACCACCACAUCUACCACACGGUGGCCAUCGAAGGCAGCACACUCACUCUGUCUGAAAUCCGCCACAUCAUCGAGACGCGUUACGCCGUCCCCGGGAAGAGCCUGCAGGAACAGAACGAGGCCAUUGGCGUGGAUGCGGCCAUGAAGUACAUCAACACCACGCUGCUGUCCAGAUCAGGAGCCAUCACCGUCAGUGACAUCCUGGAGAUUCACCGGCGGGUGCUCGGCUACGUGGACCCUGUGGAGGGAGGGAGGCUGCGCACCAGCCAGGUGUUUGUGGGCCACCACAUCCCACCCCACCCUCAGGACCUGCAGAGGCACAUGCAGGAGCUGGUCCAGUGGCUCAACUCCGACGAAGCCCUGCAGCUCCACCCUGUGGAGUACGCGGCUCUGGCCCACUACAAACUGGUAUACGUGCACCCGUUUGUAGACGGCAACGGGCGCACGUCACGCCUGCUCAUGAACCUUGUCCUCAUGCAAGCGCGUUACCCACCAAUUACAAUCCGGAAAGAGCAAAGGGCUGAAUAUUACGCAGCUCUAGACACAGCCAACGAGGGUGAUGUACGACCUUUCAUUCGCUUUAUAGCCAAAUGUACAGAGAUAACAUUGGACACAUUGUUGAUUUCUACAACAGAGCACGCUGUGGGCCUGCCCGGAGCCGGCCAGGACCAGGCCUGUCUCGACUGCAAACAGACCAUCCCCAUCCACAACUGAGGGCAAGACAGGAGGAGAAAAGAAGCAUGAGACACUAGCAUGCAGAGAUAGGUUUUGCUUGAUCUAAAAAUUCAUUCCUAUCAUAAAAUGUGUUAACUUGCCUUGUCCCUAGGUCAUUUCCUACCUUACUGUCCCUGUGCCUCAGUUUGGGUUCUGCUGAAUUCAUUGAAACUGAAGCAGGAUGUUGAAUUGAAAGCUGAUUUUGCUGUGUUUAGGUUUGCUCUAGUACAAAUCCUUCUCCUGCAGAAUGAACAGAAUCCCACCCCCUAUUUUUAGUUUGUAACCAUUCUCAUAGGAGUUGAAUGCAUUUUGAUUCCCAUCAGAAUCCAACCUAAAGUUUGACUACUGGUGAUGUGAGGAGGAAACGAGGCUUUCCUUUCAUGUCAUUUGACUUGAGAUGCUUCAGUGAUUUCCACUGCAGACGUGUACAGUAUGUGAACAUUUAGUUCACUAUCUUUGGCAUAGAGAUGAUGUCUCGUAACACUGUAAAGCACUUUCAUGUAUUUGAUUAUUUAUUUUUAUUUUAAAAUAAAAGUUGUAUUAACUUUUA